AUGUGCGUGCCGCGCAACGACAAGAUGCUUGGGAGCGAGCUGUGUCAAUGGUCAAUCCUUGCUGAUGCAAUGAGUGCCAGUUCAGCAUCCACAGCAUGGUGGGGUGUUCUGGACAAAUUUGCAGCAGAGGACCGUGGCUGUGACAGUGCUAUCGGUUGUCUUCUUGGGCUAGCACUGGGCGAUGCUGUUGGGGCACCGCUGGAGUUUUGUGCCGUUGAUGCGAGCCCACAGGAAAGCUGUGCAGAUGAUGACCGGCGGCCAUAUUUGGCAACGACGCUCAAAGACGGACAGUUGCACUACAGGAAUGUCAGAAACAAGUUUGACCUUAAACUAGGCCAGUGGACGGACGAUGCCAGCAUGGCACUAUGCCUGGCCGACUCCCUGCUCACAUGUGGACAUUACAACGGAGGUGAUGCGCGUGUACGGUGGCAUAUGUGGUGGUUUCAUGGCUACUGCAAUGCCUUCCGCUAUGAUGUCGACCGGCGGAAGGGGCAAACGUCAGUGGGGCUUGGCAGCAAUGUUGCAAAGUCAUUCGUGGAGAUUGAGAGAUCUGUUGAGGCUGCACAAAGGGCAGACCGCCUGCCAAAGGGAACCAGCCAUGCGACAGUGGUUCCACCUGUUCACCAGUCCGACUCGAAUGAUGCCGGCAAUGGUUUCUUGGCACAUGGGCCAACCGGGAUACCUCCCGGCCUCUGCAGUUUGCAAAUACAUCAGUGCAACGCAGGGAGUAGACAAUCUAAGAAGUCUGUACAGUGA